AUGAGCCCGUUGGAUCUAAACAGUUUAGAGAAACCACCAUCCACACCAUUACUGUCGGAUAACUCAGCUGUAAACAGAUCAGACACGGAACUCACCCCGAUAAAUCCAAUGCUAUCCUCGACGUUCACACAGCCCAAUACGGACAUAUUACCACCACCGAUCUCGUCACUGCACAACCCACCAGAUGUAAGUAUCAGCGGAUAUCAAGGAAUUAGCGGACCGGAAAGAACUUCCCAACUGCCCACAACCUAUCCAUAUCCCGAUUCAAACCAGUAUCCAUCUGUCUAUGACACAUCUGGCCACGAUCGACGGCCGUACACUUGGUCCAAUCACCGUUACAGCGUUGAUUUGAAUAGUGGAUCGAUACAAGAACAGUUGGACACUCAAGAUCAGUGGUGGCCCACUUCCUAUCAAUCACAACCAUGA